UAAUGGAUGCAGAUAAGUGAACCGCCAGUCAGUGCUGGGUGCAACACGAUCGAGACAAGAUGUCGUUUGAAUAUACGGAAAUUACGGAUCCACUGUACGUGGAGAAUAAAGAACAAACUGGCGAGGAGGAUUACAUUAUGGUACGUGCGAAAAAGUAUGGUGACGUUCCGAUUUCUAUCCCAAACUGGCAACCAUCGCCACAUUGCUACACAACUAGGUUUCAUCAGCACGAGAAAGAACUGCUCGAGAUGGAAGUAUAUCCGGACGAUGUGUGGGUCGCAUCGUAUCCGAAAAGUGGAACCACCUGGUGCCAGGAGAUGGUUUGGUUGAUCUGCAAAGAGCUUAACUUUGAAGCAGCCCGUGCCGAAUCCUUACGUACGAGAUUUCCUUUUGUUGAUGUUAGUUUAAUCCACGACAUCAACAUGAGUUCGUUCGAACGUGUGCGGCAAACACAAAGGCCUCGCUUCAUAAAGACCCACCUACCAGUUUCAAUGCUACCGAAGCAAUACUGGACUGUAAAGCCCAAAACCGUGUACAUCAAACGCAACCCAAAAUCGGUAGCUGUUUCGUACUAUCAUCACUCCCGAGGGAUAUUCUACCGUGGCACAAUGGACACAUUCGUGCGAUCGUUUGUCCGUGAGCAUCAGUUCUAUUCACCGUACCAUGCGCACGUAAUCGAAUAUCAUGAGCUGCGUGAUUGUGACAACAUCUUGCACCUAUCCUACGAAGAUAUGAAGCGAGAUCUACCGGCAGUUGUGCGGAAAGUUUGUCAUUUUUUUGGAAAGUCCUACCGAGAUCCACAGUUAGAGGAGCUAUACGAACAUCUCUCGUUUAAAUCAAUGCGUGAGAAUAAAGCCUGCAACUACGAAGAUCCAAACAAACCACGUGACAAAUGUGAGCAAUUUAUUCGCAAAGGUGAGCUGGCAAGCUGGAAGGAGGAACUGACCAAGGAGCAGAUCGAGAUGCUAGAUCAGUGGACGGUGGAGAACACUCCAAACAGUGCGCAUAGGAAAUUGUUUGAUUAG